CCUAAAAAAUUUGGAAAUUCGCUAAAUAUUUAGUAAAUAAAAGUAGCAAAAGCGGAAGUGAAAAAGGAAAAAAGUGAAAGCGCUACAACAAGUACAAGCAGAGUAGAGGCGAGCAGCAGGAAAUGUGGUCAGUGAAAAAUUUUUGCGCUAAAUUGAAAAACAAAUGCAGCUAAUUAGCUCGGACAAUCAGAGCGAAAUUCGGUGCAAGCAAUAUUCGUAGCAUUAACUACAACAACAACAACAACAACAACAACGGCAAUAAUAAUUUUAACGGGCGCAACAUAAUUUACAGAAGACGUAGGAAUUUGUUGUGGAAAAUGAGUGGCUGUGGCGGUGGCGGUGGCGGUUGUGGUGGUGGUGGUGGUGUUGGUGUUGGCGGCAGCGCGCGUUUGGUAGCCACGCAAUCACUGCAGAAUGAGCACGCCGAAGCGCUACUGGUGCAGCUUAAUGAGUUCCGCAAAAGUGAGCAGUACACCGAUGUUUGUUUAAUUUGCGGCGAUGUACGAAUUAUGGCCCAUCGAAAUAUACUCGCCGCAGCGAGUCCCUAUUUCCAGGCGAUGUUUGGCGGCAACUUCCCGGAAAGUUCACAGCGCGAGGUGCAUAUCCACGAAAUGGAUCCGCGUUGCUUGGAGCUAGCAGUGGAUUUCAUCUACACCGGCCACCUCGAUAAUUACGUUGAUUGUGUGCAACAGCUGCUCGAGACUGCAGCCUUUCUUCAGCUGGAACAUUUGCUCGACUUGUGCACGGGAUAUAUGUGCGCGCAGCUGGACGCAGAUAAUUGUUUGGGGUUUAAGCAUUUUGCAGAAAAGCAAAAUAAUUUUACGUUGCUCGACUCGGCAUGCCAAUACAUUAUUACACAUUUCAAGGAGGUGGUGCAGAGUGAAGAAUUUUUGGAGAUGACAUACUUGGAGCUCAGCAACAUUUUGGCCAACGAUGCGCUCUAUGUACACUCUGACGACGCUGUGCUGUGCGGUCUGUCCCGAUGGGCUGAACAUCGACCCACCGAGCGCACUGCCAAUUUAGCAUCGCUAUUACGUUACAUACACCCCGCCUGCGUGACGGCUGAGGUAGCACGCUCACUACCCAUUCUCAAACAGAGCGCUGAGAGUCAAAAUUGGUUACGCGAUAUGUUGCAUAGCGCCGAUAAUAUGGAAUGGCAAAUAUUUGUGCUGGACAAAAUGGGACGCACCCCGGAUCUGCAGCGCUUCGACUUUACAUUCGAUGAGGCCACGCAGCUGCAACCGUUGCCUCGCCCAGCAUUCGCCGUGAGCUUGACGGCUCACAAGAACAUCUUGUAUGCGCAGGGUGGCAGUGUUGGACGCAGCACACGCGAGUGCUUCUACUAUAAUAUCUAUCGUGAUCAAUGGCAUGAGCUGCAUCCGUUGUUGAUGGAACGUUCGCAUCACCGGUCGGUUGUGUUGAAUGGGUGUUUGUAUGCGCUCGGUGGGAAUACACUGCAGGGUGCGACCUGCUCGGUGGAGUGUUUGAAUUUGGUUACGAAUAAGGCGACGUUCCGUGAAAAUAUGCUGGCGAAACGCAAUGCAAUGGGCGCAGUGGUUUGUGACAACACUCUCUAUGUAAUGGGCGGCGAGACAGAUCAUCGUUCACUUUACUCGGUGGAGCGCUACGACCCACGCGUCGGGCAGUGGCAUGAAAUGCCCGCCAUGCGCGAGGUGAACAGCUAUUGCUCCAGCGCGGCCAUCGGUUCGCACAUCUAUUGCUGUGAGGGUCUCGGCAGUUGUAUGGAACGUUUCGAUUUGCGCGCCAAUCGUUGGGAUGUCAUCAAUUUCUGGGAGGAGCGCGAGUUCUAUGAAAUUUUCGCCGUUGACAAUAGGCUCUAUAGUGUUUCGGGUGAAGCCAUCUCCCGCUACGAUGAGACCGAAAACAAAUGGCUGUGCGAGUUUAAGUUCACGGAAUCACGCGAAUGGGACACUGCUAUUGGCUUGCAGAUGGUGAACUAUUUGAGAAUAUAAAAAGUGGAGGGAAAUGUGAGAAGAAAUGUUAAAAGAAGAGUGAGAAAAAUGUUUGAUUGUUGGUUGGUGAAGAAAAUGCAAAGCAUCGCUUUUUUUGUUGGCCGCAAAGGCGUUCGGAAGUAUUUAAAUUUUUUUGUUGUGUUGUGCAUACAAAAUUAUUGCACUUUAAUAAGUAGUCUUCAUAGUUAUUUAAUAGGAAUAAUUAUAUAGAUAUAGACACGUACUUGCAAAUGUGUGUAAACACACGAAUCGAAAAAAUGGCAUUGCCACCAUGGCGUAUGAGUGAUUUAAACCGCAUUCGUAUUAUG